UAUUGAAUAUUAAAUAUGUUGUUGCAGUGCAUCUCGUCCUGUCUCAUCAAACUCCGAGUCAAGCGACGUAGCGAAACCAAACUAUUAUCGGACAUCGGACUCAGCAACAUCCAGGAUGCGUUCCUCAUCGCGGUCGAGGAGCAGGCGGCGCAGCGCCUCCAGCGGCUGUCGGCCCUCAAGCGGAUCACCCCGGUGGACAUGUCCAAGCUGUCUGUAGAGUUGAAUCGCCGAAAACGAACGCAGCCCGAGAACCGUCAAGAGCUGAACGGCUACAUAGGCAACUCCACAGUCUACGUCACUUCCAUCAACGAGGACGGAGCCAUCGAGACCAAACCCACCAUCUCAUCCCCCAAGUCACUUCCCAGAUCCCUCCAGGCCAAACCCACCCCCAUCAUCGCCAACGGAAUAGACAAAAAAGAACCUAUCAAAGAAGUUGUCGAAGUUAAAGUGGAACCGGAGAAACAUGAGAAGGACAUUAGUGAGAAAAGUUUGAAAAUUAAAGUGGAUAGUGUUGAUAGUGAAGUGAGUAGUGAGAAGGAUCCUUACAGUGUUGCCAGGGAGCACCUCAGUAACGGGAGGUGUGAGAAGCUGAUCGGAGAGCCUGAUUAUAAGAUCAGGGCGUCGGCUGUUGUGGAGAAUAAUAAGCUUGGACCAGGGGAGAAAGGACCGCGGCGCCGCUCGGGCUCGAGCAUCGUGGUGCUGGGCGCCGAGGACGAGAAGCGACCGCCGCCGGAUGACGACAAAGACAUGCUUACUAUGCUGUCCCUCUCCGCAGACACCGGUCCUCACCGCGAGAUGGCGGUGGACGUUCCGGACAGCUUCAUCGCGCGCAACAAGACGCCGCCCCGCUACCCCCCGCCUCGCCCGCCGCAGGUACGCCUGCGCCCCUCCAGGGACGACGAGACCCUCCUGCUGUCCUCGGGCUCCGGUACAAGCUUCGGCAGCAAACACUCCGUCCUCCAGAGCGCCGUAGACUCCGGACCUAGCUCCGACGGAUCCAGCUAUAAAAACAACAGCACCAUGGAGUUAUUAUCAGGACCGCAGAGCUCCGAAGGAUCUGGGACUAGCUUUGGAAGCAAAAAAUCGAAAGGCUCAUCAGAAACAGCCAAAUGCGACUUGCUAUCCGACAGAGGAUCAGUAGCAUCGAACACCACACACACUUUAAGUGACCAUAAGAUCCAACUGCUCAUAUCUAAUGGCGACGAUUCUUUGCUAGAUUGUAGAGAAGGCGUCUCAUACUCGGCGCGGACGGAUUCUGUGCUGAUACGUGAAGCGGUCUACGCGUCUUACAAACUCCCGCCUGGCUUCGACACAACGCCAGUCCUUCUCGGGAGGGAGGUGGCCGUGGAUGUCCCGGAUUCGUUUGUCCAGAUUGUGAAAACCACCCCGAAAUAUCCGGGUACCGUGGACAGAAAGAGCUUGCAGCAGGUGAACGGCACCGCGAAGACGGCCGCCCCCGCCAUCCCCCCGCGGGAGGCGCCCCGCGACGCACCCCCGCGGCCGCCUGCACACGAUGUCACUAAAGAGCAGAUGGAGUCUAUCAAGAAAUAUCAGGAACAGCUUCGACAACGCAAAGAGGCGGAGGAACGCGCGGCGGCCCAGAACGAGUUUCUACGGACCUCGCUCCGCGGGUCAAACAAGCUCCAGGCGCUGGAGUCCACGCCCAGCGGUGGGACCGCCUUCGUCAACGACGCCUACGACCCCUACGAUGACGAGCUCGACGGCGAGACGACGCUUUACAAUAUUGUCGAUUACCAAGAAGUAUCAUCAGCUCUCACUCGCAUCCAAAAGGCGCUCGGGGCUGCCGGGGAGUCGGCGCUGGCGGCGCGGGUGGCGGGCGCGGCCAGCGCUCUGCUAUGCCCCGAGCUGCGUACUGCGUUAGGCACGAGGACCGCUGUGCUGACGGCAUCGAGGCAUGAGCGGCCUGGGCUAGCGCCGCCGGUUACACAUAGGGCCACGGAGCGGCUAAAAGAAUGUAUGGACGUAGUAGGCGCUCAUACAACUACCGGCGGAGUAGCGGCGGCGCUCUGUGCCGAACUUCUAGCCGCGCUGGGAGGCCUAGAGCUGGAGUCGCUUCUACAAGCACAUGACCAAGCUGCAGCGCUCCUGGACCCGGCUAGCUUCACGAGGAAGAGAAAUAAGACUGGCAACAAUCUAAAUCACAAAGACGACAAAGCUUUAACUACGCCCGACGACCCCGGCGAGCACAUUAAAAUCAUCAAAAUAGAAAAGACUAAUGAACCACUUGGUGCUACAGUGAGAAACGAAGGAGAAGCGGUUAUUAUCGGUAGGAUAGUGCGCGGCGGCGCGGCCGAGAAGUCAGGGUUAUUGCACGAGGGAGACGAGCUUUUAGAAGUAAACGGCGUGGCCAUGCGCGGGAAGUCAGUGCACGAGGUGUGCCAGGUGCUGGGCGCGCUGUCGGGCACGCUGGCCAUGGUGGUGGCGGCGCGGGGGGGAGGGGGGGCCGGCGCGGGCGGGGAGCGCCGCGCCGCCGCGCCGCGCGUGCUGCACGUGCGCGCGCACUUCGACUACGACCCCGAGGACGACGUCUACAUACCGUGUAGGGAGCUAGGUAUCAGCUUCCAAAAGGGCGACGUUCUGCACGUGAUCAGCAGGGAAGACCCGAACUGGUGGCAGGCGUUCCGAGAGGGCGAGGAGGACCAGACUCUCGCCGGACUCAUUCCGAGCCAGGCCUUCCAGCAUCAACGGGAGUCCAUGAAGCUGACGCUAGCCGGCGAAGUGGCGGCCCGCGACAAGCCGCGGAAGGGCGGCACGCUGCUCUGUGCCAAGAAGCCGCCGCGGAAGAAGAAAGGCAAGAAGGCCACUAGCGAGGCCGGCUACCCGCUCUACUCUACCUCCACCGGCGAAGAUUACGAACAAGAAGAGAUCCUAACAUACGAAGAAGUGGCGUUAUACUACCCGCGCGCGUCACACAAGAGGCCGAUAGUGUUAAUCGGGCCUCCAAACAUCGGCCGGCACGAGCUUAGACAGAGGCUGAUGGAAGACAGUGAGAGAUUCGCAGCUGCUGUACCACACACGUCACGGCCGCGGAAGGACCACGAGGUGCCGGGUCAGGAUUACCACUUCAUCUCGCGCACGCAGUUCGAGGCUGACAUACUGAACAGGAAGUUCGUCGAGCAUGGAGAGUACGAGAAGGCUUAUUAUGGCACAUCCCUAGAAGCGAUCCGCGAAGUAGUAAACUCAGGGAAGAUCUGCGUGUUGAACCUGCACCCGCAGUCGCUCAAGAUCCUGCGGACGUCGGACCUGAAGCCCUACACGGUGUUCGUGGCGCCGCCCAGCUUGGAGAAGCUGAGGCAGAAGAAGAUUAGGAAUGGAGAGGCUUUUAAGGAGGAGGAGCUAAAAGAGAUAAUAGCGACAGCGCGAGACAUGGAGCUCCGCUGGGGCCAUCUCUUCGACAUGAUCAUCAUCAACAACGACACGCAGCGCGCCUACCAGCAGCUGCUGAACGAGAUCAACAGCCUGGAGCGCGAGCCGCAGUGGGUGCCGGCGCACUGGCUCAAGCACACCUAGCACUGUCUCGCCGGUGGCAUCCGUGC